CAGGGUCAGAUGCAGUUCCCCUCUGGCUAUGGCUCGCAUCCUCCGAACUAUAGUGUGCCCUCAGGACACUAUUCCGAAGUGCCCAAUAAAGCUGCUGCUUCCCAUUUGGAUAAUCAGUAUAGAGCCUCUUACUACCCUACUUACUAUUCAGCACCAGCACAAAAUGUUAUGACACCUUCUGUGGGUACCAAUGUGUUGAACACACAGGAAUCACAGCAGUUGUACAACAAAACUCCUCCCCAUACAGUGGGGUCAGCUGAAGGACCUAUUCAAGGAGCAAUACCACCUGCAUCCUACUUGCAUACGAAUGCUCAGCAGUCAUAUUCAGCAUUUGGUAAUCUCUACAGCACUUCUGUCAGCUCUUCAGUUGCGUCUCAGGGAUUUCCCCUUGAUUCUGGUCACUGCACCAUGCCCACCACGCCCGUGGUUUCUGGUGCCAUGUAUCCUAGCGUUUCCUAUCCUGCGGCUGCUGGCAGUGUGUAUGGGAAGGCAUUUACCUCUCAGAGCCUACCUGCUGUUGGACAAUUCAAAGAGACAAAUACGUUUUCUAGCUGGAGUAUAUCAGUACCUCAUUCACUUCAACAGCAUGUUCCCAUGGGAUAAGCCAUUCCUGUGAUCUACCUUAACAAUGCAUUUGGGCGAUAUCAAAUCACUGGGUCAGCUGCUAAAGUAAACAACCAAAUAAAUACAGGUAUGGUUGAUUCUUCACAACCCGUGCACUCUAUUAGCCAGAGCAUUCCGUUUUCCCAGCCUGGGGCUGGGACAUCUGUUUCCUCUGCUCUGAUCUCGUCAGGAAGGACACCUGCACCAAGCCUUUCUUCACAGCCACGAUCUUCACCCUCUGUUACACAGUCACCAGAGUCAGCCCUUCAGGAAGGCGUGCAGUAUGGUGGAUAUGUUAAUAACCAAGCUAGCUCUGCACCAGCUCCCUUGUCAUCAAGUUCAGAUGAUGAGGAAGAGGAUGAGGAGGAUGAGGAAGCAGCAAUUGAUAGUUCCUCUACUACAAGCAGUGCCUCUCCUGUUCUAAACAAUUAUGAUGCCCUGGAAGGAGGUGGCUAUCCAGAGGCACGUUCUGUGACCAGCAGCCCAGUUCCUGCUCCAUCAGUCCCCCAAACAUCAAAAGCUUCUAAGCCCUUUGGUUAUGGAUAUCCAACACUGCAGCCUGGCUACCAAAAUGCAGCACCACCUACUCCUGUGCAGCCCAGUAAUCCAGGACACCAUCCUGGGCUUCAGCACUAUCCACAGCAAUAUUCAGGGGUGAACCAGUUGUCCUCUUCCUUGGGAGGGUUAAGUCUACAGCAUUCUCAGCAGCCAGAAAGCUUGAGACCAGUAAACCUUACACAAGACAGAAAUAUUUUGCCUGUAUCUUCGGUUCCAGCACCUGUGCCUAACUUGAAUUCUGAUCUUAGGAAAUUAAACUGCAGUCCAGACUCAUUUCGAUGUACAUUGACAAAUGUUCCACAGACACAAGCUUUGUUAAACAAAGCUAAGCUUCCUUUGGGUUUGUUGCUACACCCCUUCAGAGACCUAACGCAAUUACCAGUAAUAACAUCAAGCACAAUAGUGAGAUGCAGAUCCUGCAGGACGUAUAUCAACCCUUUUGUUUCUUUCAUUGAUCAAAGGAGGUGGAAAUGCAAUCUGUGCUACAGAGUUAAUGAUGUUCCUGAAGAAUUUAUGUAUAAUCCUCUGACACGAUCUUACGGAGAGCCUCACAAACGGCCGGAAGUCCAAAAUUCUACUGUGGAAUUCAUUGCUUCCUCAGACUAUAUGCUUCGUCCUCCUCAGCCUGCGGUAUAUUUAUUUGUUUUAGAUGUGUCUCAUAAUGCAGUGGAGGCUGGAUAUUUGACAAUAGUCUGCCAGUCAUUGCUGGAAAACCUAGACAAGCUGCCUGGAGACUCAAGAACAAGAAUAGGGUUCAUAACGUUUGACAGCACUGUUCAGUUUUACAACUUGCAAGAAGGUUUAUCUCAGCCUCAGAUGCUGAUUGUCUCAGAUAUUGAUGAUAUUUUCCUACCUACACCAGAUAGUUUACUUGUAAAUCUCCAUGAAAGCAAAGAGCUGAUAAAAGAUCUAUUGAAUGCAUUACCAAAUAUGUUCACCAAUACAAGAGAAACACACAGCGCGUUGGGCCCUGCUCUUCAGGCUGCGUUUAAACUGAUGUCUCCAACGGGUGGUCGGAUAUCGGUGUUUCAAACUCAGUUACCAUCUUUGGGAGCAGGGCUUUUGCAUUCCAGAGAAGAUCCCAAUCAAAGGUCAAGCACAAAGGUGGUCCAGCAUCUUGGUCCAGCAACGGAUUUUUAUAAGAAGUUGGCACUGGACUGCUCAGGCCAGCAGACUGCUGUGGAUUUAUUUCUCUUAAGUUCACAAUAUUCUGAUCUAGCUUCUCUUGCAUGCAUAUCCAAGUAUUCUGCUGGUUGCAUCUAUUACUAUCCAUCUUUCCAUCGUAGCCAUAAUCCUACUCAGGCCGAGAAGUUGCAAAAAGACCUUAAAAGAUACCUUACAAGAAAGAUAGGAUUUGAAGCAGUUAUGCGCAUAAGGUGUACAAAAGGUCUUUCAAUACACACUUUUCAUGGGAACUUUUUUGUACGAUCUACUGACUUAUUGUCCCUUGCCAAUGUCAAUCCUGAUGCUGGAUUUGCAGUACAAAUGUCCAUCGAGGAAAGUCUGACUGACACGUCUUUGGUUUGUUUUCAAACAGCUCUUUUGUAUACUUCCAGCAAAGGUGAACGUCGAAUUCGAGUGCACACGCUUUGCUUGCCUGUAGUAAGCUCACUGGCUGAUGUAUAUGCAGGAGCGGAUGUACAAGCAGUUGUAUGUCUCUUAGCGAACAUGGCUGUGGAUCGCUCAGUUUCAUCUAGUCUUGCAGAUGCAAGAGAUGCCUUAGUUAAUGCUGUGGUAGACUCCUUGGCAGCAUAUAUGUCAGCUGCCUCAAAUCUGCAGCAGUCCAUGCUGAUAGCACCAAAUUCCCUCAAGCUGUUUCCACUGUAUAUUUUGGCCCUUCUCAAACAGAAAGCAUUUAGAACAGGCACGAGUACACGCUUGGAUGAUCGCGUAUAUGCAAUGUGCCAGAUGAAGAGCCAGCCUCUUGUUCAUUUGAUGAAAAUGAUACAUCCCAACUUGUACAGAAUAGACAGGUUGAUUGAUGAGAGUACAAUACAUGUAAAUGACAGAGUUGUUCCUCAACCACCUCUUCAGAAGUUGUCUGCAGAGAAGUUAACAAGGGAAGGAGCUUUUUUUAUGGAUUGUGGUUCAAUUUUUUACAUUUGGAUUGGAAAAAACUGUGAUAACAACUUCAUAAAAGACGUCCUUGGAUACCCAAACUAUGCAUCAGUACCACAGAAAAUGACACAGCUUCCUGAGAUGGAUGCACUUUCUUCAGAAAGGACCCGAUCUUUUAUAUCUUGGCUUAGAGACGGUAGACCUCUAAGUCCAGUUCUUCAAGUAAUAAAAGAUGAGAACCCUGCCAAAACAGAUUUUUUGCAGCAUUUAAUUGAGGAUCGGACAGAAGCAGCUUUUUCAUAUUAUGAAUUCUUACUUAAUAUUCAACAGCAGAUUUGUAAGUGAACAAGGAAUAAAUAGAAGAAAAAUUGUGACUUCAGAUGGAAGCAUGGGCCAAGAGAAGCAUAUGGGAAGUUACGGAAGUGGAUGCUUGUUCUUCACAAUAUACAGUGACCAGCACUGUUUCGGAAGCUUUACAGAUGAAGAAGUAUACAUUUCCAAAAGAAUUUUGCAGAUUUACUUCAGUCUAAAAGUGCUAGGAGUGAUGAAGCUGUUUUACUAGUAAACUUGAAAUUGGUUUAUACAUGUUUCCAGUUGUGCAGCGGUAUGGUGCUCUGUUUAUUGCAAGCCGGUAAAUUUAUGUAGCUAUGUGGGAUGGUAUUUCUUAACGAAAUGAACAAUUAGGUAAAGCUUUUUUUUCUUACGUUUAUUAUAGAAGCCCUUCCAGAUCCAAAUUGUUAACAGAGAUGUCAAAGGGCCAUGCUGUAUGUUGGUUGUUUAUAUGAAUUUCUUUUUAAAAGGAAUGAUUCAUAUUUACUAAAGACUUCAGCAAAUUCCCUGUGAAAGUUGUAGAGUUUCAGUAAAGUACAUCAGCUGUAGAAAUAAGAUAUAUAAUGUACAUAAAUAUUACAUUUGUAAAGAAAUGUAAAAAAUAUAACAAAAAAAAGACUUAGCUCAGUGUGUAGAAUUAUCGAGUGCUCAAUGAUGAAUUGUUUUGUCCCAGGCUAGACAAUGAAGUUGACUAUUAAAACAUGCUAAAAAAAAGUAUCCAUGUAGAAAGAA